AUGUCGGCGUGCUCGGCGGUCGAGGCCAAGCUUGCAGCGCUGCUCUCUUCGGUCAGCGCCACGGUGGUCAAGCGGCCGCUCCGGGAGUGGCUUCUCAAGGAGGCGGUGGUGGCGGCGGCCACCGCCUGCCUUGCUGCUCCGGCGGCGGGAGCCGGCAGUGGCGGCGUUCCGGAGGCCUGUUCGGCCUGCGCUGUCAUCGACGGCUACGAGGACGUGCUCAUCAAGUACGGGCACGACCACAAGACGGCCACGGGCGAGGACAUUCGUCGUCGUCUCGUGGACGGCGGGCACCGCGAGCUCGCCAAGGAGUGGGUCAGCCUGCGCAACGGCCGGCGCGCUUGCGCGCACCCGCACCGUGAGCUGCUGGACAAGAUCCACGGCGCUCUUUCGUGCGCGGCUGACCCCCCGACCUGCUGUUCCACGGGUGCCAGCGGGGACGAAGGCUAUCACUCCGACUCGGCGUCGGGCAGCGGGGACGGCCUGUCUGGGUCCCUGCAGGAGCUGGCGCGGGUCAAGCAGGAGCUGGCGCUGGUCAAGGAGGAGGCUUUCGCCCACAGCCAGCGCGCGGACGAGGCAGAGGGCAUGCUGCUGGUCGAGCGCGCGCGGGUCGCCGAGUGCCAGGAGCUGCUCUCUUCGGCCGAGGGUCGCCUUCAGGAGUGUCAGGCGGUCGCCGACAGCCUCUGCGACGAGCUCAUGGCGACUCGUGCCGUUGCCUGGGGUUUCUCACAGGAGCUCCAGCAUAUCGAGGCUAAGGUCGUCAGCGACUGCAUCACCGAGCUGAUUGGGGAGAAGAAGGGCGGCGCGCUUCCCAGCUUUCACGAGGACUCCGCCGUGCGGGAGGUGGUGAGCCCCGCCGACGGCGAGGAGGUUCUUGCUGAAGCGUCGAGUGGAGCCAACCAGGAGUCCGAGGGCGAGAUGAGUAUGCCGCCAAGGCCCGCUCCGCUUGACGAGGACAUGAUGUACCUGCGUGCCAAGCGGAUGGUGGAGGUUCUCAACACCCGCGAGUUCGCUUUCAAUCCCAUCGACGACGAGGCCGUGUCCGCUUUGGCGGGUUUUGGUGACUAUUGGGCCUCGCAGCUCGUGGAGGAGAUGAUCGCGAUGAAGGCCAAGAUCCGCAACCCCAGCGGAUUCAUCAAG